GUUACAGUGAAGUGUGUUCGUCUCUGUGCUACCGCAUCAUGCCGACCGACACCAAACGUGUUCGCGGCCCGGAGGCGUCUCAGAGCCCGGCUCUGUUUGCUCGCCAGCCCGCGGCGGCUCCUCCGGCCCCCGGGCCCCGGGCGGACGGCCGGCGCCGGGGACAGGUGGACGUCCGGCCCGUGUUCGUGCGCUGCGGGCUGGUGAGCCAGGCCAAGGGCUCCGCGUACCUGGAGGCGGGAAGCACCAAGCUGCUGUGCUGCGUGUACGGGCCCAAGGAGACGGAGAGGAAGGACGAGACCGACAUGAAGUGUGGCAGAUUAACAACUGACAUGCGCUUCGCUCCGUUUUCCUGCCCAGAGAGGGGCUCCUGGAUUCAGGGGAGCCAGGAUAAGGACUUAUCCCAGAUGUUGCAUGAGAGUCUGCAGCCGGCGGUGUGCCUCCAGAAAUACCCCCGCUCUCAGAUCGAGGUCAACGUGAUGGUUCUGGAGAACAGCGGCUCGGUUCUGGCCCAUGCGAUCACGUGCGCUUCCCUGGCUCUCGCAGACGCAGGCAUUGAGAUGUACGACCUGGUGCUCGGCUGUUCCAUCCGGCAGGACGGCGACUCGUAUGUGGUCGACCCGUCUUACACGGAGCAGAACAGCUGCAGCUCAGUCGACAACCAGGGAAAUCUGACUGUUGCUUUCCUCCCGAGUCUGAAUCAGAUCUCUGGGCUGCAGUCGGAUGGAGAAAUGACUGAAGAGACUCUGACAGCAGGGGUCCGGACCUGCAUCGAGGGAUGUUACAAACUGUACCCGGUCAUCCAGAAAGCUCUGGCCAAGGCUGUACGCAGGGCUGCCCCCCCACCAUCAGAGAGCUGAGAGACUCAUUAUCCAUCAACUGCUUGGUUCAUAGUUUUUGAUAUUUACAGUUUCCAAACCUUACACUGACAGUUUGACUUAUUUUUCCAGUUUGAUUUAAUGAUCUUUAAAUGACUUGAUUUCACUUUGCAAUGAGCGCUUCAAAUUCUGUUUGACACUGAAAAAGGAAAUACAGUUUGAAGCACACGUUUGAAAAUUAAAUUGACAUUCAUCAUGUGGGAUAUUUUCUGAAUGUUUUGUCGUGAUGUUAAGUACUAAGUGAAAAAACAACAAGAAAAUAAACACAUGCUUUUGCAAA